AUGCUUUUUUUACAGUCGGCUGGACAUGGAUCGACGAACAUGAAGGGCAAACGAGCGACACUUGUUGAAGAAUUUCGACGUUAUCGCCUUCUAGCUGCAAAAUUCAUGGAAUUGAAGCAUGCUGAUUCUACAGUUUUACAAUUUUGGUCGACAUAUGCCCGUGAAUUACCCAUCUUGCCGUCUUUGUCACGUCGCUUUCUAGCUACACCUGGCACCAGCGUUCCUGCUGAAGUCGCGUUUUCAACCUCAAGUUUUAUCGGUCGUAAAGAACGAUGUCGUUUAACGCCAGGUAAUCUUGCUGCUACAGUCUUUCUCAAGAACAAACUCGAAUAG